AUGUCUGGACGGCGAUCUGGUCAACUCAAGUCUCACGGAAAAGGUCGGACUCUCCGCACCCCGUCGCAUGCAACGCCGAAGAACGAGCUGAUCACAAGUUUCCUCAGACAGCGACCGCCAAGAAUCACCCAGCCAAAUCGGAUGAGUGAUGAGUCCUCAACAGAUGCAUCUACAAAUCCAGCUGCCGAGGAACGAGUACCACAGCCCAAGAGAACAUGUCCACUGCCAAACAUCACAUGGGCUGAGCGGGAGCACGUCUGGGCAGAGCUGAUCAAGCGCGAGAAACGACACAGACUCGACAUGAAAGUUUUGAGCCAUCAUCCCGAAGUGACUCCGAGAAUGCGCAGCGUUCUCAUUGACUGGUUGAUGGAGGUCAGCGAAGUCUAUCGUCUCCACAGAGAAACAGUGUACAACGCCGUGACAUACGUGGAUCGUUACUUAGCCCGUCAGACGCACCCUGUGCGCAAAAACGAGCUCCAGCUGAUAGGCGUUUCUGCCCUUUUCUUCUCCGCCAAGCUGGAAGAGAUCUACCCUCCGAAGCUAGUGGAUUUUGCCUACGUUACCGAUUCGGCGUGUACAGAAGUGGAGAUGAGGGAAAUGGAGCUGAUAAUGUUAAAGAAGCUCCAGUGGGAGUUGAGCACGCCAACAGCGAUCAGCUGGCUCAAUCUCUACCUCCAAGUCGCCCAAUUGCCGAUGAACAACGAUCACUUCCAUCUCCCGCAGUAUCCACAAGAGACAUUUGUCCAGAUCGCCCAGCUUAUUGACCUCUGUCUGCUUGAUAUUCAAUCGUUGAAGUUUUUGCCAUCUCAGCUUGCCGCUGCCUGUUUAUAUCACUUUAGCUUGGGGUCGAUCAUUUUACAAAUCAUUAUCUAUAGUGAGGAUAUUGCACUCGACUGCUCCGGCUACAAAAUGGAAGAAAUUGCUGCUGCAAUAAAAUGGGUGACUCCUUUUGCCGAGACGAUUCGUGACGAAGGCCUUGCAGCAUUGAAGUCGUUCCGAAAAGUCAAAGUAGAGGACGCGCACAACAUUCAAACCCACAUCAACAACGUUACUGUGCUUGAGAAAGCGCAGGCAUUACAGACGAGUCGUUUCUCGCAACUAUCGACGACAUCUUCAAGCCGAUGGAGCGCCACCCCUGAGACGCCGACAGACCUCAACAUCCUCGUGACCCCUCAAAGUGAGGAGAGCUCGAAAGAAAACCCCUCAAAUCCAGCUUCCACACGUUCCCGAAAGCGCCCCUCGGUCGAGCCAGUCGCCGCGCACAUUGACCCCAAACGGCUAGCAUCAGAAAGCGGCGCUUUCCCAGCAACACCUGACACCUCGCCACUGGCUUUGAGCCACUCCUCCUCGUUGUCCACGUCCCCUAAUGCCGGCCAGAGUGGCAGUGCCAGUGGCAGCACCUCCGAAAUCGCCCCCGAAGACAUUGAAGACGACGAAGAUGAUGUUCCCGAGCGAGUGCCCUUUGCGCCCCUCAAAUACGAAGAAGAAAGCCAAGACUCGACUGGGAGCAGUCUCUCAGCGACUGAUCUCGCCGAAGAGAUUGAUUUGCCACUUGAAGACGAGAGUGCCGAUGUGCAGCCGAUUAGUUAA